GAGCAAAGCCACUGCAGAAACGAAAAGAAAAUCAAAGUCUCGUUUUUUUAACUCCGAAGUGGUGGUGGCGGUGCAAAGUUCUUACAUUUCCGUAUUGUCCGACACGGACGGGGACUAGGAGACGGAGAAAUAACAUUAAAUAAAUGUAAAGCCAACAAAAUAAAAGGAAAAACAUGUUGAAAAAGCAUCAGUAGUCGUAUUUUAUAUGCGGACGACCAACCAAAACCGAACUCAUUUUCUGGUUGCAGACAUACAUACCAUUAUUCAACUCUCUCUCUCCCUCUCUCUGUGUGAAUUUUUUUUUCCCUCGCCUUACCCUUUCCUCUCGGGUUUGCUCAGGUACAGAAUAUCAGGUUUGAGUGAGAGAGAGAAAGAGAAUGUCUGGAGUAGGCACGCAAAACAGCUUGAGAAAAGCACUUGGGGCCCUCAAGGACACCACCACGGUUUCCUUGGCUAAAGUCAACAGUGAUUACAAGGAAUUGGAUAUUGCUAUAGUCAAAGCCACAAAUCAUGUUGAGCGCCCAGCGAAGGAAAAGCACAUUAGAGCUAUUUUUUCUGCAAUUUCAGCCACACGACCUCGGGCUGAUGUUGCAUAUUGCAUCCAUGCUCUUGCCAGACGGUUAUCCAGGACACAUAAUUGGGCAGUUGCUUUGAAAACUUUAAUCGUAAUUCAUCGUGCUCUGAGGGAAGUGGACCCCACAUUUCAUGAAGAACUGAUCAAUUAUGGAAGAAGUAGAAGCCAUAUGCUUAACAUGUCUCAUUUCAAAGAUGAUUCUAGUCCUAACGCAUGGGAUUAUUCUGCUUGGGUUCGUAUGUAUGCCUUAUUUUUGGAGGAGAGGCUGGAAUGCUUCCGUGUGUUGAAGUAUGACAUUGAGACAGAUCGCCCAAGGACGAAAGAUCUGGACACUACUGAAUUGCUUGAGCAAUUGCCUGCAUUACAACAGCUACUUUUUCGUGUGCUUGGUUGCCAGCCACAAGGGGCAGCGCUUCAUAACUUUGCGAUUCAGUUAGCACUUUCAAUGGUGGCUUUGGAAAGCAUAAAAAUUUAUCAAGCUAUAAGUGAUGGUACAGUUAAUUUGGUUGACAAGUUCUUUGAGAUGCAACGCCUGGAUGCUAUGAAGGCUCUGGAAAUAUACAGGAGGGCAGGGCAGCAGGCUGGGCAACUAUCAGAAUUUUAUGAAGUAUGUAAAGAUCUUGAUAUUGGCCGUGGAGAGAGGUUUAUUAAGAUCGAGCAGCCACCUUUGUCGUUUCUACAAGCCAUGGAAGAGUAUGUGAGAGAAGCUCCACGAGGUUCAACAUUUCGCAAGGAUCAACCGCUUGACAAUAAAAUUUCUGCUCCUAAGGAAGUCCUCGCCAUAGAAUAUAAUAAGGCCCCAGAGGUGCAGGAGGAACGUCAAACAUCGUCGCCCCCAUCUCUGCCUGAGCCAGUCAAAGUAGAAUUGCCUGUAGCUGAACCUGAUUUGCUGGGUUUGAAUGAUCCUACUCCAGAAGCUUCGGAAUUAGAUGAGAAGAAUGCUCUGGCUUUGGCUAUCGUUCCAGUUGCUGAUCAACCAGUAUCUACGGCUCCAAAUCAUGUAAAUGGAACUACGGGCUGGGAGUUGGCACUUGUUACUGCUCCAAGCUCAAAUGAGAGUGCAACAGCUGCUAGCAAAUUGGCGGGAGGAUUAGACAAGCUUACACUAGACAGCCUUUACGAUGAUGCAAUCCGAAGAAAUAACCAGAAUGUGAGCUACAACCCAUGGGAGCCGGUCCCAAUGGCCGGUGCCAUGGUGCAUCAGACAGCACAAGAUCCAUUUUUUGCCUCCAAUGCCGUGGCUGCACCACCUAAUGUACAGAUGGCAGCAAUGGUCAACCAGCAGCAGGCUUUUAUGUUGCAGCAGCAGCAGCAGCAGCAGAUGAUGAUGAUGGGCCCACAACAGCAACCAGGUUUAAAUCCUUUUGGAAAUCAAUAUGGAGCCAGUGUCCACCCCUAUGGCCCUGGUAUGCCUGUUCAAGCCUACAAUCCAUAUACAGGCUUUAUCUAGAUGCUUUGUCCAAAGAACACAUUCUUUACUUGGAAACACAGGAGGAAAGAAAAUGGGAGAGAAGCUGGUUUUUGGAUAUUGUGAAAGCAAAAUAUGAAAGUAUAGACAGAUGUGUACCAUAUGUUGUGUCUGUGCAGUAGUUAGCUAGGGUGCUAUUCAUUGUUGAAUAAUUUGUCAAGAGUGCCGGCUUUGGAUUAUUUGAUUAUUUUAUAUCAAUGAAGGUUGGUAAUAAUGUGUUACAGACUAAUUUUAGGUAUUUUUUCAGUACCUGCAUACUGGUUGAUGCUUUAGCAGGAAAUAUAUUCUUGUUAAUUUCUCUGUU